UUCUCGGGGGUUUUGAUGUUAUGCCCACAGCUGAAACCUGAAACACAACACCCGAUUAGAGCAAAGUCCCUGCCCUUCGCUCUCCCAGAGUCAGGCGGGAGCCUCUGCCCGUUCACAUGGACGUUACUUUCCCUAAGAGCCCUUUUCCUGUCCAUUCGUCAGAGGCGGAGUGGAAACUUCUCAUCUGCACAUACUUGGCCUCCGUGUGGCUCGCCAGCGGAUCAUCAGAAACUGGAAAGGGAAGCCAGAAUCUGCCGUCUUCUCAAGCACCCCAACAUCGUGCGGCUGCACGACAGCAUCUCGGAGGAGGGCUUCCACUACCUGGUGUUCGACCUAGUGACGGGCGGGGAACUGUUUGAGGACAUCGUGGCGAGAGAGUACUACAGCGAGGCCGACGCCAGCCACUGCAUCCAGCAGAUCCUGGAGAGCGUGAGCCACUGCCACCUCAACGGCAUCGUGCACAGGGACCUGAAGCCGGAGAAUCUGCUGUUGGCCAGCAAGUCCAAGGGGGCGGCCGUGAAGCUGGCGGACUUCGGCCUCGCCAUCGAGGUUCAAGGGGACCAGCAGGCGUGGUUCGGUUUCGCUGGCACGCCCGGGUACCUGUCUCCAGAAGUGCUGCGGAAGGACCCCUACGGGAAGCCGGUGGACAUGUGGGCCUGCGGCGUCAUUCUCUACAUCCUGCUGGUGGGGUACCCCCCGUUCUGGGACGAGGACCAGCACAGACUCUACCAGCAGAUCAAGGCCGGAGCUUACGACUUCCCAUCACCAGAGUGGGACACGGUGACUCCCGAAGCCAAAGACCUCAUCAACCGCAUGCUGACCAUCAACCCCGCCAAGCGCAUCACCGCGUGCGAGGCGCUGAAGCACCCGUGGAUCUGCCAACGCUCCACGGUGGCCUCCAUGAUGCACAGGCAGGAGACGGUGGACUGCCUGAAGAAGUUCAACGCGCGGAGGAAGCUCAAGGGCGCCAUCCUGACCACCAUGCUGGCCACCAGGAACUUCUCAGCGGCCAAGAGUCUGCUGAAGAAGCCGGACGGAGUGAAGAUAAACAGCAGAGCCAACGUGGUAACUAGCCCCAAAGAGAACGCCCCUGCCCCGGCGCUGGAACCCCAAACCACUGUGAUCCACAGCCCUGACGGAAACAAGGAGUCCACGGAGAGCUCCAACACCACCAUCGAGGACGAAGACGUGAAAGCUCGGAAGCAGGAGAUCAUCAAGGUCACGGAGCAGCUGAUCGAGGCCAUCAACAACGGGGACUUCGAGGCGUACACAAAAAUCUGUGACCCGGGCCUCACUGCUUUUGAGCCGGAAGCUCUGGGCAACUUGGUGGAAGGGAUGGACUUCCAUCGGUUCUACUUUGAAAACGCCCUGUCCAAGAGCAGCAAGCCCGUCCACACCAUCCUCCUGAACCCGCACGUGCACCUGCUGGGCGAGGACGCGGCCUGCAUCGCCUACAUCCGGCUCACCCAGUACACGGACGGCGGCGGGAGGCCCAGGACCAUGCAGUCGGAGGAGACGCGCGUGUGGCACCGCCGGGACGGGAAGUGGCAGAACGUGCACUUCCAUCGCUCGGGGUCCCCCACGGUGCCCACCAACUAAGCGCCCGUGCCACGUCGGCCUCGUGUCUCAGGCACCAGACGGGACCUGCCCCGGUGUCUGCGUGAGGCGUGAAGGCGGCCUGUGCCUGCACCGCGUCUCGUCACCGCCCCCCGCUGUCCAUGUGCACCCCGCGGACAGCUGCACACGGAGGCCGCCGUCCAGUCCCCGAGGACCGCCUGCUCCUCGUGUCUGUUCCUGCCAAGACCAGCGGCCCCGCUGUCCCGGACGGCGUGCACGCGACAUGUACAUUUUUAACUCUGCUGUUCUCUGCCUGGGCUUGUUUAACAAAAAGGGCGAGAACCACGUGUUUCCUGGGGUGAAGUGGUGGCGGCCCCGAGGGCGCUGUGCCUGGGUGGGCGGAGGCCCUGCGCUCCCCUCCUGAGGGUCACGUCACGGAAAGGCCGCGUGGUCACGUGUGAUCGCUCAGGCGGCGGGCACUGCCAGGAACCGCUGGCUGCCCUUUUUGUUCCUCAGAUCUGCCGUUUUCUCUCGUUCUCCCUGUUUCUAACGUUCCCGCCUCCUCUUCGCUUCUGUCUGGUGUGUGACACGUGGGGUGUGUGUAAACAGUGAGAUCCAGCCCGGCCUCCCGCCCCGCCGGCGGCUUCACCCCUUCCGGGCCCACAGGGUGUGUCAGGGGCUGAGGGUUGUGAUUUGCGUGGAGUGGGGACUGGGAGGGGCCAGGCCAGGUCCGCGCGGAAGCCCAGAGCGGUUCCGUCCUCACAGCGCUUUGAACUUGGGGGAGUGACUGCGCCUCCUGGGGUCUCAGCCACCCUCCUGCGAGG